UUCCAGUCAUUUAACUAGAACAUCAGAGGGAACCUGCGAAGGCUUCUACAUAGUUGAUCUUCGAUUUACGUCUGGGUACAUAUAAAUCAAUCUAAGAGUCAAUCAAGUCAUUCAAUGCCCACCGCAAGAUGGCAGAUCAUAACGAGGUUGCUCCCUCUGCACCUGCACCUGUCUAUCAGCUCCCGGAAUGGGAGACGAUAACCCACCCUCCGAAACCUCGCCAAUCGUUGCUAGGUCGCAUUCUUCCAAUCAAAGGUUCUUCGGAUGAACCUUCGACAGCAGCUGAGCAAGACGGGGCAAAAGAACGAUCUGGUCAAACAUCUACGCUUCCGUUGCAUGCUUCCACGAACGCCGAGAAUAGCUCAGCAAACCCUACUCUCGCCACUUCGUUACGCACGCGUCUCGAUUCCGCCUUCCCGCCGCACAAGACCUACUUCGGACGCCCGCGACGCUUCCUAUUCCUAUACGUCGUCCUCCCCGUGGCAAUAUUCCUCUUCUUACUUGUCCCGCUGGGUGUAGGCCUCGGGGUAGGCCUUUCACGCCGCUUCCGAAGACACAAAUGAUAUUCGCGGUCGAGAUGGAGAAAAAGAAUAUGAUCAGAAGAUGAGCAACGAAGAGAUUGUGUAUUCGGCAUUUGUUGCUCGCGUAUGGAGUU